UAUAAUAUGAGCAACAUACGAACCACUCCGCCUUAAUUUUCUGCUUCCCUUCACUGUCACUGUCGGUUCUCUUCUGUCAUCUUCAUACUCCAUCUCCAUGUGCACCUUUUUCUUGAACCUCUCAUCCUCACACUUACACUCCCAAAAUGGCCAUCGAGAAACAAAGAAGUUUCUCCUUCAAACGCACAAGAUUCUUUGUACUUUCUUUAACUAUCUCCUUCUCCAUCAUCUUUCUUACAUUUUUCUCUAUUUGGGUUUUCAAAAGUGAUCCCUUUCUCAUCAAUCGAGAAACCCGUUUUCAAUUCAGUGAGAUUCAACCCCCCUCUCAAGUCCACUCCAAGUCCCAACCCUUCACUUCCAACUUUCCAAUACGUUUAGUGGGAAGUCUGGCAAAUCUUAAUCAAACCCAUUUCGGUAAACCGUUGAAUACAUCAGAAAGUGCCAACAUUUCCUUCAGCUUUCAUGAAUUUCAGAGAAAAUCAAGUGAGAGUGAACUGCCAAAUCCGGAACCACACAAGAUUGAUGCUGUAAAUGCUACUAAACUUUCAGAUUUUCAUGUCCAUACUUCGAUAGCUACGAAUCACACGAUUCCUCAAAAUAAAUCCGAGGAUUUGGUCUCUGAAGGAUUGUUUUUGAAGUCGAUAAGUGAAAGAGUUCACACAAGUGAUUUUCAGGAAGAAAAGGGUGAAACGGUGUGUGAUGUUACAAAGGGGAAAUGGGUUUAUGAUGAGAGUUAUCCUCUGUACUCUACUUUUACUUGCCCUUUUAUAGAUGAAGGUUUCAAUUGUGAGGCCAAUGGAAGAUUGGACAAAGACUAUAUGAAAUGGAGGUGGAAGCCUCAAGAUUGCUACAUUCCAAGGUUCAACGCAACAAACAUGCUGGAACUGAUCCGAGGAAAAAGGCUAGUGUUUGUGGGUGAUUCCAUCAAUAGGAAUCAAUGGGAGUCCAUGCUAUGUUUGUUAAUGAGUGUGGUUAAAGAUCCAAAGAAGGUCUAUGAGACACAUGGCAGGCGUAUCACCAAAGAGAAAGGAAACUACUGUUUCAGAUUUGUGGAUUACAAGUGCACAGUUGAAUAUUAUGUGUCCCAUUUCUUGGUUCAUGAGGGGAAGGCAAGAGUUGGAAGGAAACGGUUGCAGACCCUGCGAAUUGAUACUGUUGAUAGGAGCUCAUCCAGAUGGAAAGGAGCUGACUUUCUCAUAUUUAACACCGCUCAUUGGUGGAGCCAUUACAAAACUAAGUCAGGGGUGAAUUACUAUCAGGAAGGAGAUAAUGUUGUGCCUCAUCUUGAGGUGUCAACAGCUUUCAGGAAAUCCAUGGUAACUUGGGCAUCAUGGCUUGAUAAAUACAUCAAUCCAAGAAAAACACAAGUUUUCUUUCGGACUUCUGCUCCUUCCCAUUUCAGGGGAGGCAAUUGGAAUGCUGGUGGUCAUUGUAAGGAAGCUUCUCAGCCCCUCAACCAAACUGCAACCAUCAAUUAUCCUGAAAAGAAUGUGAUUGUAGAAGAGGUGAUACAGCAGAUGAAAACCCCUGUCAAUUUCUUGAACAUAACCCGUUUGUCAGAUUACAGAACUGAUGGUCACCCAUCUAUUUAUGGAAGAAGAAAGGGGAGCAGUAAUGGUUUGAAAGGGGAAGAUUGCAGCCAUUGGUGUCUGCCAGGAGUUCCAGAUAUCUGGAAUCAGCUCUUGUAUCUUCAUCUGCAGUCUAAUAAGGUUAGAAACACUAGUUAUGUGCAGUGAUUCAGAUACCUUUUGUAACAUAAUUAAAUGGUGCAAUUUGUAUAGCCAGCCAGUUUCCUCUUCCAAUCCAAGUAUAUAGUUGUUGUUCUAAUCAAUGUUAUGCAACACAUUCCUACUUUUAUGACUAACAAGAAACAUUACACUUGCUCAAACCAUGUCUAGUUCAACCAAAAGAUGACCUCAAAAAACUUCUCAAUCCAACAACUAGAAAAAAAAAGACUCUUUUUAUAGAUGAGAUUGGUGCUUCUUUGGUCGAGGAGGUUUGAGAGCCCAUGGUGGUGAAUGCUGAGGCUCAUAACAGUAAUCAUAGUAGAGCUCUGUUCCAGCUUCAAUAUGCUCUUUGGCAAAUAUGCCAACACGAUGAUCGCCUCCCACCUUUAUUAUCUGCAUGUCAAUGUC